UGUGGUGCGAUUUUCUUAACGAGACAUUUUUAAAGUACAAAACAGAUGAUGGAUGAAAAUUCAACACUGACAUAUUCAAGGAAAUAAAAUAUUCAGUUCUGUGUUUAAUAAAUAGUCUACCUAAAUAUGGAACCUGGUUUCAUCGUUACUUUCGAUGGAAUUUGUUCCAUUCAGUUGUCAAAAAACAAUUUAAUCCGUGUCAAUGGAGUCCCGUCUCUACCAAACCGUUUAAUUGAUUGUGUCCGCGUAGCAAUUAAUUCCGGAUGGGUGAAAGGUCUGUGCAACGAAUCGGUGGAGUUUGGUGCGCACGAGUUUAAUUUAAAUGGUUCGCCUUGGUAUGGAAAGAAAAGCGAUGGGGUAGCUGCACGCAGACUCCUCGCCGCAAUCUUGUUCCAGUUGGCGAGAGAGGGUUGGCAAAUAUUGCAAAGUCUGGACCCCACACGCAAGCAGAACGACAAGGACACCAUGUUCUUUGAAAUCGCGAAGCCCGAUCCACACGCAGAAAUUUUCGUCAUGAGUUUCAACAGGUUUGACAGAAUUAGGCUGAUUAAUCCACCAAAUUCGAAAGUUGUGGACACCUUUAAAGCCACCGUGAGUAAAGAAUGGCCUCCUGGAAUAUGUGGACAACGAAUCUACUAUGGUGCCGAUGAGCUCGAAUUGUUUGGUAAUCCGUGGGCGACCAGAAAAAAGGAGGAGAGCAUUGCGGCCAAACAACUCGUGGCACAUUUAAUCUACGCCAUGAAACGGAUCGGGUACAAACUCUACGCCGCUGUAGAUAUUACGGGAAGGAUACAACCGGGAAAUAGUAACAGUAGGAAAAAUGGUAGUUUGGAUGUCUUAGCUUUUAGAAAAGUGUCGCAAAUAUGGGGAAAUUGAAAGAUCUCCCUGGCUCAAAAAUCGUUGGGUAGAAAUUAUGAGGAAAAUUUAAAAAAGUUUAUUUUCUGAUUAAGGACUUUAAUAUUUAUAUUGUUGUAACACGUGUUUGAUAGAUUAUAGCCAAUAAAGUCGAAUAUAUGGGAUUAGAGUAGAGUUGGAAGAGCUUGCAAAUUGAAUGAAAGAGUUUCAUAACAAUGAAAAUGGAAUUCGAAAUUGCAACAGCCUUAGUUUCGGGCGUUUUCAUGAUUAAGACGCAAUUUCAGCAAUCAUUUUAGCAUGAUUCGAAAUGAUUUUUUGAGAAUAUGUGAGAUCAUACAUCCAUGUGUAUACAUAUGUAAGUAUAUAAUGCAGCUGCCUUAUACAAAUUAUCACGGACUUAUUUUAGUCUGUACUGGAACAAUAAAAAAUGUUUGAUUU